AAAGAACAAAGAGAUUUAUUGGAAAAGAAGAAUAAUGAGCGUGAGGAUUUGUUGGAAAAGAAGGAGAAAGAACAAAGAGAUUUAUUGGAAAAGAAGAAUAAUGAGCGUGAGGAUUUGUUGGAAAAGAAGGAGAAUCUGAGAGUUGAAUUGGAAAACUUUCGACAUAUAGCUGAAGACCGCGCACAUUCGAUAUUGCAAAUGAAGCAUAUGUGUAACGUAAGAGGCGCGUUAGAAUUUAUUCGUGCGCAGAUUUUAGCAAAGGAUAUGUCUAUUGUUUUUACGGAAACCUUAGAUAAAGCCUUGAAUCGCUUGUCUCAAGAUGAGAAAUUUACCAAAUAUUUACAGAAAGCGUGUGAAGAUAAUAGUCUUCGGUACGAAGACGUUCAAAAAUGUGUAGGUGGUCUCUACCAUUCUACUUCAAAACACUUCCAUGGACACGAACAGAAAGUUAUAAUCGAUUCGCGAACUUGGGCCACAAACGAAAUUUUUUUGUUGGGCGUCAUCUUUCGCCAUUACAAAGUUCCGUUUGAAUAUUGUAAUACCGAUGGCAAGCUGGAGCAUUAUCCCUAUAAAUUGUAA